GGCGGCGCUCCCGGAGACCCCCGCAGCCCCUGGUUCGGGGUUGGAGAGGCGGGGGAUGUGUCAGCGACGCUGUCACAGCAGGAGGAGGGCUGCGGGACGCCGCAGGUGAAGCUGGCUGUCGCUCGGGGAGUUUGUUUCUGUUUGUCCCUUCCUGACGGGAGUCAGUCUCUACCGCCAGGCCAGCCCCAGCCGGGACGCUGCAGAUGGGUACGGAGAGCGAGGGCAGCUGUCCGCCGCCCCUUCCCCGGGAUCUACCCAGAUUUGGGACAGUACAGAAGGUUUCCUCCGAGGGGAGGCCCGGCGGGGUUAGCGCAGCCCACGCGCGGGCACUGAGCACACACCCCCGGCUCAGUGCCCUGUCCUGGGCAGGCUCCUGGGUCUGUUUCUUUAAAACUAACCCAGUUACUUCCCUAUCCCUCUUACCCUCGGAAUCUGAAAGUGGCGUUUUCAACAGACGUCUUUUUCUGGUGAGGUUCCCCUUGGAUGGAGAAUGACAGCUUGCAAGACUCUACUACUCUUUGAGGAAAUCCUAUCAGUUUCAUCUCGCAAAGGAUGUCUCAGAAUCUAAGACAGGAAACCUACACAGGCGGUUUGGUGGAGAGGCACUCCACCUCCUGCGGAUCCUCUAAAAAGGGGGGCGGAGAUAGACGGGAACCCCUCGAUAAAGAUCCCCAGGCCGUCCACGGCAGCUUUCGUCUCUUCCUGAAGUGCCUGGUAAAAAACGAAGGCACUUUUCUCUGUCUAACCCCAAAUGAGGAAAAAGAAAACAAGCUCUGUGAACGGCUCUGUCAUUGGCCACGGUCCCUCCUCUGUGAGGUGCCGCCCUGCAGAAAGCACAGAUAAACUGCCAGAGACACAGAUUUAUCCCCAGUGGGAACACAGCUGGGGCCCUGCUCUUACAUAUCUCAGCACAAGACCUGCCAACUCAAAGCUGCGGUCCAUUCCUAUGCAUUUCAUCUUCUCAGAUGAGGCUGUGCUUCUGUUUGAUUUCUGGAGAGUCCACAGUCCUACAGGCAUGGCCCUCUCAGUGCUGGUGGUCCUGCUCCUGGCUGUACUGUAUGAAGGCAUCAAGGUUGGCAAAGCCAAAUUGCUCCAUAAGACUCUGGAGAACCUGCCUAGUACCACCAGCCAGCAGCUCAUCCUGGAACCUGAGCAGGAUUCUACAGGCUCCGGAUCAACUCCAGCCAAUAGUACCCGCCUCAGGUGGUUUUUGUGUUACUUUGGCCAGUCCCUAGUCCAUGUCAUUCAGGUGGUCAUUGGCUACUUUGUGAUGCUGGCUGUAAUGUCCUACAACACCUGGAUUUUCCUCGGUGUGGUCCUGGGCUCGGCUGUGGGCUACUACCUAGCCUACCCACUUCUCAAAAUGACUUAGUGGGCCAGAGAUGCGUAAAUGCUGAGGGCUGAAGAGAGCUGGGACCUCUGUUCCAGGAAUUGUACUUCCAGCUGCUUUUUCUUAUGAUGGCCAUUGUUCACCUCUUUCCCAGUUCCUGGCAGCUUUGAGCUGAAGCCAGCAAAUGGUCCCUGGAGCUUAGUGGUCAUUGGAACUACCUCCCUUCCCAGCCCUGCCUAUAUAGGGCCCAGGCCUCCUGUGGUGUCGUAAGCAAGUAGCUGUGACCAAAGGGAACAUGGAGAGACUGGAACCUGGAGGAAAAGUAGCCAGACCUGUGACCGUAGAUCUCAGACUUCAAAUUACAAUUUUCCGAAGAGCUUCAGUGAGGAAGGCCAUGGAACCUGGAUACCCUCUUCUGCUUUGUGCCUUAAUGUCAGGGGCAUCUCCAGUCUUGGGCAACAGGCCAUGCCAGCUCCUUCUCACCUUUUUGCCUUGAAACACAUAAAGACUGCCAUUGACCAAACAAGUUUUUCACUUGGAACUCCUGGUUGGCAAUUUUGCAUAUCCAUACAAAACAAAGAUUCUAAUGAACUCACUAUGUUCAUGAAGAUGGCAGUGUCUGCUGAGACCCGUCUCUCUUUCUUAGGGAUGCCUGAUACUGAUUAAAGGCAGAGCCAGGACAGUUAGCUAGGCCGCAGAUUGUCUGCUGUGCAGAUGAGCUCUUCCCAUCUGACAGCACCACCGCAGCAGGUUAGUCUCAUGACCAGGGCCUUACCCCAUCCUCUUGUGUGCACCAGAGAAGGGCAUUUCGUAACAGAGCUGGCUGCCUCUUAUUUCUUACUUGCUAACUCCUAAUGAGCUGGUAGGGAGCCAUGAGUCAGUCACUGAAGGACUGAUUCAGCAGGGGUGUGUUGGGGGGUGCUGACUGAGGGUGCAAUAGAAGGACUGAUUCAGCAGGGGUGUGUUGGGGGGUGCUGACUGAGGGUGCAACAGAAGGACUGAUUCAGCAGGGGUGUGUUGGGGGUGCUGACUGAGGGUGCAACAGAAGGACUGAUUCAGCAGGGGUGUGUUGGGGGGUGCUGACUGAGGGUACAACAGCAGGCGAACCAAAGCCAGGUCAUGUUAAGAGUUAAGUGGACUCCAGGUAUUUGAGCCUUUUCACUUUACAGAAAAAAGUUGGGAGACAGGAAUGGGGACACAUACAUGUAAUCGCCAGUACCCGGGAGGCUGAGUCAGGAGAUUGUGGGUUAGAGGGCUAGCCUGGAAUAC